GAUUUACCUUAUCCAUCUUCCCAUUGCUGCUUCAUUCUUAUAUAUAUCCACUCGCUCUCGUCCCUUCUCCCCCCAUCCACACUCCACAUCUCUUCAUACUCAUCUUCUCCUCGACUUCACAACCUCAACUCCCUUCACACUCUUUGUUCGCACAUUUCCCCUCGUUGCGAUCCUCUCCCCCCACGUUCGUUUCCUCGCGCAGAAGCACGCAGUCGCUGCUCAAUAUGAAGACUACCCAGCUUCUCCCCGCCAUGGGCCUCGUCGCCACGGCCGCCGCAGGAUCAUGGGGCCAGCACAACAACUGGAAUGCUUCCACCCCGAGCCCUCCCGCCUGGAUCACCACCACCGUGACCACCGACAUCUACACCACCUAUUGCCCCGAGCCCACCGAGGUCACCAUGGGCACCAAGACCUACACCGUCACGGACAGCGAGACCCUGACAAUCACCGACUGCCCAUGCACAUACACCACUCCCAUCCCGCUUCCCACCUGGACUGCCCCUCCCGCCCCUCCGGCUCCCGCUCCUCCUGCUCCCGCCCCUCCUGCUCCGGCUCCUCCCGCUCCUGCUCCUCCUGCCCCUGAGCAGCCAUCCCACGUUCCGUACCCCAACAUAACGACCACCAUCAUCCCUCUCCCUCCGGUCUUGACCACCGAGGUUCUCCCGAGCUUCACCACCUACUGCCCUUCUCCAACCGAGAUUGUGCAAGGAUCCAAGACUUACACUGUCACUGAGCCCACCACCCUGACCAUCACUGACUGCCCAUGCACUGUCACGCGCACCUCGACGCCUCCUCCUAUCACGUCCACCGCGACCCGUGAUCUUGAUAAUUCAAUUCUCAGUACAUAUUCUUUUUUCCGAUGUUGUUUCUAGAAGAUGGCUGUGGGGGUUGCAGCACGAUGUCAAUAGGGGACAUAGCUUGCUUGCUCAGAAUAUAAAAUAGGUCAAUAAAUAAUAAUAGAUGUGUGAAAUGUGUUUCUUUCUGGUCUCACGU